GGAUGCGCCUAUGAAACCCCUCGAGUGUGUGCAAUGGCAAUCUUUCCAGGUCGAUGGGUAACUAUACUCGCCAAUCUCCUGGUGCCGGUGGGCAUUCUCACUUUCUCCACCGGAUUUUUCCCAUAUAAACCACUCCUCCCGGGUCUAGCUAUCUUCGAUGAGUCCGAUGCGGAUGUCUCGCCGGUCUUUGACAAGGUUAUUUUUAUGGUGGUGGAUGCGCUGCGGAGUGACUUUGUCUACGCAAAUGAAUCCGGGUUCAUGUUCACUCAAAGCCUGAUACGAGCGGGCGCUGUGCUACCUUUUACUGCCCAUGCUGGUGCUCCGACGGUGACAAUGCCGCGGCUGAAAGCAAUGACCACAGGGUCUGUUCCUUCGUUCCUGGACGUGAUCCUGAACAUCGCCGAGUCAGAUACCACAUCGACUCUCGUAUUUCAAGACACCUGGCUCGCGCAGCUGAGGGCUCGAGGAGAUCGGCUUGUCAUGUAUGGGGAUGACACGUGGCUCAAACUAUUCCCGGGGAUGUUUGAGCGAUCGGAUGGAACUACGAGCUUCUUUGUCUCUGACUUCGUGGAAGUAGACCAAAAUGUGACGCGACAUAUUCCCACCGAGCUUGCUGAAAGCGAUUGGUCCGCCCUGGUUGUGCAUUACUUGGGUCUCGAUCACAUUGGCCACAAGGCAGGCCCGAGAAGCCCAUUAAUGCCUUCCAAGCAGCAGGAAAUGGAUGCUGUCGUGAAGGCCAUCUAUAUGGCGAUGCAGCAAGAGCCGCAUCUCCAGUCCACACUUUUCGUCUUGUGUGGCGAUCAUGGUAUGAAUGAUGCUGGAAACCAUGGAGGCUCAUCUGCGGGUGAAACCUCACCAGCAUUGUUAUUCGUCUCGCCAAAGUUCAAAGCAUUGGGUUAUACGUUGGAAAGUCCCAUGGAAGCCUCUGACGAUUUUCAGUACUACCGGUCGGUGGAACAGGCAGAUAUUACUCCAACUCUAGCUGGACUUCUCGGUCUACCUAUUCCUUUGAACAGCUUGGGGGUGUUUAUUCCCGAGUUUUUGAACAUGUGGGAUUCUGGGCCACAUAAACUGGACAUCUUACAUCGCAAUGCUCAACAAUUACUAAACACAGUCAAAGCUACAUUUCCGGGUGUCUCAUUCGACCCGGAGGACAUUGCUUCAAGCUGUUCAUCUGGUGCAGUCUCUGGUAUUGAAGGCGCUCAGUGUGCGUGGUUCCAAAUCCACCAGCUUUCCCGUGAAACAUCGGUGGAGGAUGCAUUCGCCAUUGUUGGUCCCGCUUUCCAACGGUUCUCACGAAUUGCGCAGGAUGUGAUGAGCAGCACUGCUAGUGACUACAAUGUAUCCCGACUUGGUCUAGGCUUGUUGAUCACAGGCAUCGCGGCGUUGAUUGUCUUCCCAGCUGUGUACCAAGACUGUGCCCAAUCUACUUACACGGGCGCGUUUCUAGCACUCCUGGUGAUGGGUUAUGGAAGUAUGAUGUUUGCGAGUAGUUAUGUUGAAGAAGAGCAGCAGUUUUGGUAUUGGAUCUGCUCAGGGUGGAUUUUUUAUCUUCACAUCAGGUUGACACGCUCCCGGCGCACUCGCCGCAGUGCAUUCAAUUGGAGCAGCAUAGCUACGCUAGGACUGAUCGUGUCCCAGCGCAUCCUUCGACGGUGGAAUCAAACUGGCCAAAAGUUUACGGCCGAGCCAGAUAUCGCUCGCAACUUUCUGCCUAGUCAUCCUCUGUUUCUGUGGGUGUUGGUGAUCCUCACAUACGUCGAUGCUGGCAGGGGUCUGUUUCUCAGCUUGCCGACAGCGUUCCCACGAGUGAUUGUAUUGGUUCUGCCAGCCUUGGCUUUCAUGUUCAAAAUUAACUUUGUGGCAAAUGACUCGCCUGAACUGCUAGCCGACUCCGUUUUAUCAUGGAUGGAAAAGUCGCUAAAAAUCGUGCCAUUGGUCUCACAGGCCAGAGUCGUCUUUGGCGGGAUUGUAUGUUGUAUCAUUUUGGCAAUUGUCAUGUCAAGUCGGUCGAAGACAGCGCCCGCUUCUAACAAACUUGUCCAUGAGGCGCUUAAUCUGUUCCUGAUGACGCAGUCCCGAGCCACCAACAUUCCAGUCUUUCUUGUGUUUCGUAUCCAAGCCCUUACUUUGAUCCCAAUGGAUUUGACUGGGCUCGAGGUGACCAUCGUGACGCUAAUGAUGCAGUACAUGACUUUCUUUGCGUUUGGAGGAUCGAACGCAAUUUCUUCUGUGGACUUGUCCAGUGCAUACAACGGAGUCGGCAGCUAUAGCGUGGUCAUGGUCGGAAUUCUGACCUUUGUGAGCAACUGGGCAGGCCCCAUCUGGUGGGUUUCGAUGGGUCAUCUACUCCGAUCGCAUGAGGCCGUCGAAUCUCAUAAUCCUGCCGCGUUGCUCACCUUUCACACUGCUAUGUCCCUGGUCUCGGUGAUGGCGGCGUGUACGGCUUUGAGAACCCAUCUGUUCAUCUGGACCGUCUUCUCGCCGAAAUAUCUGUACUCCAUAGCGUGGGCAACGGCCAAUCAUGUUCUGGUAAAUUUGCUCGGUGGGGUUGGGCUUCCUGCUCUUCGAAAGCGACCAUAG